GCCAUAUUGUAUGUUCAAUCCGCACUGAUUUUGACUUUACUUGAACAGUAUUAUAAUUAAACAAACAUUUUUCCAGAGGGAAUGUAUUUCUGUCCACAUCGGCCAAGCCGGCGUACAAAUCGGCAACGCUUGCUGGGAACUGUACUGUCUGGAACACGGGAUUCAACCUGACGGCCAAAUGCCCUCUGACAAAACCAUUGGAGGUGGCGACGACAGUUUUAACACUUUCUUUUCAGAGACUGGAGCUGGAAAGCAUGUACCCAGAGCGGUUUUUGUUGACUUGGAACCCACUGUAGUAGAUGAAGUCCGCACUGGAACGUACCGUCAAUUAUUCCAUCCCGAACAACUCAUCACUGGUAAAGAAGAUGCUGCAAACAAUUACGCACGAGGCCAUUACACUAUCGGAAAAGAAAUUGUCGAUAUAGUUCUGGAUAGAAUUAGAAAACUGGCUGAUCAAUGUACAGGAUUACAAGGAUUUCUGGUUUUCCAUUCAUUCGGUGGCGGCACUGGUUCUGGAUUCACCAGUUUACUUAUGGAGCGAUUGAGCGUCGACUAUGGAAAAAAAUCGAAAUUGGAGUUUUCCAUUUAUCCAGCACCACAGGUGUCCACCGCAGUUGUAGAACCCUAUAACUCAAUCUUGACUACUCACACUACUUUAGAACAUUCUGAUUGUGCCUUUAUGGUAGACAAUGAAGCCAUUUACGAUAUUUGCCGUAGGAAUCUGGAUAUUGAUAGACCUACUUAUACUAAUUUAAAUAGACUGAUUGGCCAGAUCGUUUCAUCAAUAACAGCCUCCCUCCGGUUCGAUGGUGCCCUAAACGUAGACCUAACCGAGUUCCAGACGAACCUGGUGCCCUACCCCAGAAUUCAUUUUCCUCUUGCCACCUACGCCCCUGUAAUAUCAGCUGAAAAAGCUUACCACGAACAAUUGACAGUUUCUGAAAUCACUAACGCCUGUUUCGAACCAGCCAACCAAAUGGUGAAAUGCGACCCGAGGCAUGGAAAAUAUAUGGCUUGUUGUAUGUUAUACAGGGGAGACGUGGUUCCCAAAGAUGUCAAUGCUGCCAUUGCCACUAUUAAAACAAAACGCUCAAUUCAAUUUGUUGAUUGGUGUCCUACUGGAUUCAAGGUUGGAAUUAACUAUCAGCCACCGACUGUAGUUCCAGGUGGUGAUCUGGCAAAAGUCCAACGUGCAGUAUGCAUGUUAUCCAACACCACAGCGAUUGCUGAAGCCUGGGCGCGUUUAGAUCACAAAUUUGACUUGAUGUAUGCCAAAAGGGCGUUCGUUCAUUGGUACGUCGGCGAAGGUAUGGAAGAAGGUGAAUUUUCCGAGGCCCGUGAGGACUUGGCUGCGCUCGAAAAGGACUAUGAAGAGGUCGCUGUGGAUUCUAUUGAAGGCGAAGCUGAUGAAGGAGAUGAAUAUUGA